AUAUAACAUAGUAUAAGAUGUGUAAAAUUGAUCUAACCAAAUGUAAGUAAAUCAUAAUAAACCAUACAAUAUAAUCUGCCUCUGUUCCUAUAUCCUAUAUAACCCAGGACAUUCUCAUCCUCUCCUCCUUUCAUCAUCUCUUCAUCUUUCUCUAAAAGCCCCAGACUGCUUCGUUUGCUUUCAUAUUACCUCUUUUGCGCCCCCACCCCCAGCUCUUGUAAUUGCCCCCUUUUCCCCAGCGCCGAAUCCCGUGGGGUAUUUUUCGAUUCUGCCCUUUGCCCCCUGCUCUCUGAGGCAUUCUCACUUUACAGCCGCUUUAAACGCGCCUCGGAUGAAGCCGCCGCCGCCGCUCACGCGCUCCACGACUGCCUCCUGUCCGGUGUCUAAUUGGCCAAUUAUUGUUCGGUGGGCGGAGUUACACGGUGCGCGUGGGGCUGGAAGAGUGUCAAUCGCCGGCGCUGUACAAAAAAGACACACCCACUCCGCGGUACGUGUGCGCGGUUCACGCAGAGGCUUUCCGGCGCUCGCCGAAGCUCCACGCUCAUGACGGGAUACUCACGCACUGGAAGAGGAGCUGCUUGGUUGUUUAUUUAUUUAUCGUUGUUGUUAAAUAUGGUUUAGACGGAGGCGCGCUCGAGGACAAUGUGCGCGUUCGUGGAGCUGAACGACCAGCAUGCCAUCGUUGCGCGUUUGUUAGGACAAAACGACAUCCUUUCCGGCUGAAACGCACACAGACACACCGACGUACACCGACUCGAUUUUUGACGGCUCACAACAACAGCCAGAGGAAGGCAUGGCGACCCAGAACGACUGCUGUGUGAAAGUCUCGUUGAGGAUUCGUCCUCAAAUGGCGAAGGAGAAGAUCGAGGGCUGCCACGUCUGCACCUCCGUAACCCCCGGCGAGCCCCAGGUGCUGCUGGGUAAAGACAAAGCCUUCACAUACGACUUUGUAUUCGACAUAGACGUCCAUCAGCAGACAGUCUACAGUGCCUGCGUCCACAAGCUUAUCGAGGGUUGCUUUGAGGGAUACAAUGCUACAGUAUUCGCCUACGGACAGACGGGUUCAGGGAAGACGUACACCAUGGGCACGGGCUUCGAUAUGGCUGUGAGUGAGGAUGAACAGGGGAUCAUCCCAAGGGCUGUGCGUCAACUCUUCCAAGGCAUUCAGAGACGGCAAACGGAGGCCCAGGAGAACGGCACACACCCUCCCGAGUUUAAAGUCAGCGCCCAGUUUCUAGAGCUUUAUAACGAGGAGAUCCUGGACCUGUUUGACAGUGCCCGCGAUUCUGGCAGGAAGUCCAACAUAAAGAUCCACGAAGACAGCAGCGGAGGCAUCUACACAUCAGGAGUGACCUCGCGUCUGGUCAGCUCAGAGGAAGAGCUACUCCAGUGCCUGAAACUUGGUGCUCUGUCCCGUACCACGGCCAGCACUCAGAUGAACGCCCAGAGCUCCCGUUCUCACGCCAUCUUCACCAUCUACCUGUGCCAGAUGAGAGUGUGUCCUCAGACCCAGUUGGCGAACGGCUCUGUGAGUGCAGAAGUGAACGGUGUAGGCGACGGCACCAUGUCCCAGGCCGAGUACGAAACCCUCACUGCCAAGUUUCACUUUGUGGAUCUGGCCGGGUCGGAGCGGCUGAAACGCACAGGAGCCACGGGCGAGCGGGCACGAGAGGGCAUUUCCAUUAACUGCGGCCUGUUGGCGCUGGGUAAUGUGAUCAGUGCGCUGGGAGAUCAGAGUAAGAAGGCUGGUCAUGUGCCUUACAGAGACUCCAAACUCACUCGGUUGUUGCAGGAUUCGCUCGGGGGGAACAGUCGGACAGUGAUGAUCGCAUGCGUGAGCCCCUCGGACCGGGAUUUCAUGGAGACCCUAAACACGCUGAAGUACGCUAACAGGGCGCGCAACAUCAAAAACAAGGUGGUGGUUAACCAGGACAAAACCAGCCAGCAAAUCAGCGCACUGCGGGCCGAGAUCGCGCGUCUGCAGAUGGAGCUCAUGGAGUAUAAAGCGGGAAAGCGUGUGGCCGGAGAGGACGGCUCAGAAGGCUUUAGUGACCUGUUCCAGGAGAACUCCAUGCUGCAGAGGGAAAACGACACCCUGCGCAUGCGCGUGAAGGCAAUGCAGGAGACAGUCGACCAUCUCAACGCUCGAGUCACUCAACUCCUGACCAACGAGAUCAACCUGCUGCUCACCAAGACAGGGGAAUCUAACGAGGAGAUUGGGAAUCUGAUCCAAAACUACAUCAGAGAGAUUGAAGAACUCAGGUCUAAGUUGUUGGAGAGCGAAGCCAUGAACGAGUCUUUGAGACGCAGCGUGUCUCGUCUCUCCUCUCGCUCUCCUUAUCCUGCACCUUCACCCGGACACCCCCUGGGCUCCUCCCCAUCUGUUUCCAUGGAGGCCGAGAUAACGGACGUGCUUCGGCGGGCCAAGCUGGACAUCGAGAGGCUGAAGAAGAAGGAGAGGAAUCAGAGGCGAAAGAGUCCUGAAAGGGAGAAAGGCUUAAAGAAACGGGCAAAGCUUCAGGCUCAGGAGAACGGGCAGAGCUGUGAGAGCAGAGAGAACGGAGACGGCGACUCCGAUAACGAGCCAGGAGAGGAGGGAAUGUACCCUCUGCCUGAAGAGGAGAGUGGUUGUGAUGAGGAUGAGGAGGAUGAGGAAGAGAUCAGGGAGGAAGAAGAAUUUGACAGCGAUGAGAGCCUGGUGGACUCAGAUUCGGACUCUGAUGAAAAAGCAAACCUCCAAGCCGACCUGGCAGAUCUGACAUGUGAGAUCGAGAUCAAGCAGAAGCUAAUUGAUGAGCUGGAAAACAGUCAGCGGCGGCUGCUGACACUAAAACUCCAAUACGAGGAGAAGCUCAUCAUGCUGCAGAACAAGAUUCGGGAUACACAGCUCGAGAGAGACCGCGUACUUCAGAACCUCAUGUCUAUGGAGAAUUACACAGAGGAAAAGGCUAACAGGGUAAAGGCGGAGUAUGAGAAGCGUCUGAAGGAGAUGAACAGGGAUCUAAUGAAGCUGCAGGCGGCGCAAAAGGAGCACGCUCGCCUGCUGAAGAACCAGGGCCGAUAUGAAAGAGAGCUCAAGAAGCUGCAGGCUGAAGUGACGGAAAUGAAGAAAGCCAAGGUGGCAUUGAUGAAGCAGAUGAAAGAGGAGCAGCAGAGGAGGAGGAUGAUCGAGGCCAAGAGGAACAGAGAGAUCGCCCAGCUAAAAAAGGAACAGCGACGGCAAGAGUAUCAGAUCCGUUCUCUUGAGUCACAAAAGCGGCAGCAGGAGAUCGUCCUCAGGAGGAAGACUCAGGAAGUGACGGCUCUGCGUCGUAUGGCUAAACCCAUGUCGGAGCGCGUGGGGGGGCGCGUUUCUCGUCGACCACCCAGCCUAGACUCCGGGGUCGAGCUUUCAGCCACCACCUCUAUCACUACGUCAUCAGAACCCGAGUCUAGCCGUUCUGUCUCCAGCAUCGUCCGCCAGUGGAACAACAAGCUGAAUGGCUACCUGGGAGAGAGCGAGGGAUCUGGGGGAGGAUUGUCCCGUCUGGCCAAUGGUAGGAAGAAGUUACAGAGAAAGGGUGUGAGCAGCAGCUUCUCGAAGACGGCACGGCAAAAAUGGCAGGCUCUGGAAAGGAGGGUCAUGGAUAUAGUGAUGCAGAGGAUGACCAUUGCUAACGUAGAGGCCGACAUGGACCGUCUCAUAAAGAAACGGGAGGAGUUGUCCAUGCAGCAGGAGGCGCUGUUGCGUAAGCGAGAAAAGCUCCUGACCGAAGGGCCUCGAGAAGAGGAGGACGAGCGAGUUGUUCAGGAGAUGAAUGAUGAAAUCGAAGUGCUCAAUGCCAACAUCGACUACAUCAACGACAGCCUGUCAGACUGCCAGGCCACAAUAGUACAGAUUGAAGAGACCAAGGAUGAAUUAGAUUCACUGGACAUGUCAGUGGUCAUCAGUUCCUGCUCCCUAACAGAAGCUCGUCACCUUCUGGACCAUUUUCUGAAGGCCUCCAUUGAUAAAAAUUUACAGGUGGCUCAGAAAGAAGCCCAGAUCAGGCUGCUCGAGGGACAGCUGCGACAGACAGACAUGAUUGGCUCUUCCCAUAAUCACAUGAUCCUGGAUGCCUUGCGGGAGAAGGCAGAAUGUAUCCCAGAGUUACAUGCGCUUAUUCACAAUGUCCAACAGGAAAAUGGUUAUGCUAGCACAGACGAGGAGGUGUCCGAGUUUAGCCAGGUCUCAGAAACAAGUUACUCUCAAAUGAAGUCCUCCGCAAGUCAGGAUGAUUUCAAGAUCAAGGCUGAGCCUCGCAUCUCAGGUCAAAUGAAGGCGGUAUCAGCUGAAUACUUGGGCCCCAUUCUGGACUCCACCACCAAGAACAUCACAAAGUCUCUGGCCUCUCUGUCCGAGAUUCAGGAGAACGGCUUGGGCUUUGUUCUACGCGAGACCUACUCCAGAGAAAGCGUGUCUCGGACGAUCAACCUGCCGGUCCGAGGACACACGUUUCCCAGGCAGUCCAGAGGCUCAGAUGCAUCUCCAUUUACCAGGCGGCCAUCAUAUGAUAGAAGCCAGUCGUACAGACCUCCGGAGACCAUCUACACACCUCCCUCAUCCCCUCCUCUCCGUACCCGUAACGACCGCAACGUCUUCUCCCGCCUUACAAGCAACCAGAGCCAGGGUUCUGCGCUGGACAAGUCUGAUGACAGCGACUCCUCUCUCUCGGAGGUCCUCAGGGGUGUGAUCAGUCCUAUGGCAGGGCUGAAAGGGGGCAGAACAGCUCCUCUGCAGUGUGUCGCCGUGGCCGAGGGACACUCCAAGCCUGUGCUCUGUCUUGAUGCUACCGAUGAGCUGCUCUUCACUGGAUCCAAAGAUCGAACGUGCAAGAUGUGGAACCUGGUGACUGGGCAGGAGAUCGUGACUCUGAGGGGACAUCCCAACAAUGUGGUGUCUGUCAAAUACUGCAGCAGCUCCGGCCUGGUCUUCACUGUCUCCACGUCCUACAUCAAAGUUUGGGACAUCCGGGACUCUGCCAAGUGUGUGCGCACGUUCACAUCCUCAGGUCAGGUGGUUUCCGGAGAUGCCUGUGCCGGCACCAGCACCCGCACAAUCACCACAACUCAGGGUGAAUACCAGAUCAACCAGAUCGCCCUAAACCCAUCCGGUUCUGUGCUCUACGCCGCAGCAGGGAACACGGUCCGAACCUGGGACCUCAACAGAAUGCAGGCCUCGGGGAAGCUGACAGGCCACAUCGGCUCGGUCAUGUGUCUAACAGUGGGCUACUCCGGUGGGGGUAAAGACCAGGUCAUCACCGGCUCGAAGGAUCACUAUGUGAAGGUGUUUGAUGUCACGGAAGGCACGCAAGGGAACAUUGGUCCCGCUCACAACUUCGAGCCGCCUCACUACGACGGAAUCGAGUGCUUGGCCGUGCACGGCGACGUGCUGUUCAGCGGUUCUCGUGACAACGGCAUUAAGAAGUGGGAUCUGGAGCAGCAGGAACUGAUUCAGCAAAUCCCAAAUGCCCAUAAGGACUGGGUGUGCGCGCUGGCCUACGUGCCCGGGCGCCCCAUGCUGCUGAGUGCCUGCAGGGCGGGCAUGCUGAAGGUCUGGAACGUGGACAACUUUACACCCAUCGGAGAAAUCAAGGGUCAUGACAGCCCCAUCAAUGCCAUCUGCACCAACUCCAAGCAGAUCUUUACUGCCUCCAGCGAUUGUCGAGUGAAGUUGUGGAGUUAUAUUCCGGGUCUCACUCCCUGCCUGCCUCGUCGUGUUCUGGCCAUCAAGGGCCGAGCCACCAGCCUUCCCUGAACUCCACUAACUCUCUCCGCCUCUGCUCUCUGCAACAGGACUGUGAAGAUCUGGAACCUGAGGAUCGCAAAGAAGAGGUGACAAAGUGACGAAAUGAUGGUAAACGAUGGUCUUUCCUUUGAACUGCUGACCGCGAGGUUAUUCAGCUUGCCUGCAGAGGUCACAGGCUGGAGCGCCAGUGCUACAUGUAGGUCCGGUAAUGGAAUGUUCAUGAGAAGAUGAAGGCAAUAGUGAAUCUAAGGUGCCACCCAUGUUGGUAUUUUAUUUUUAUUACUGCGUACCAAAUAAUGAGACGAGCGUGCAUCUGCUACAUGCGGGCACAUUUUAGAGAAAGUGUCCUUCUGUGCCAAUUAGUUUUUAAAGAAAAAAGUCACUUUAGAUGUAGCUGCCGUCCAUUUUUUUUUUCUUUAUUAAGUAUUUCAAGGAUAAAAACAGGCCAAUAUGGAGGCCUUGGGAAAUCUGAGCCAAAUGGUAGGGAAAAGCACUUCUCAGUUUUUUUCCCCUGGAGACCCAUAUGUUUGUGUGUUUUUUUUUUUUACUGUGUUUUGAUUGACUGAAUAUCAGACUUUAUCAUUGCAAGAAAUCUACUGGAAGCAAGAAAAAGAUUGAUUCUUCCGUUACCAUCUGGUCGAGGCUCUCUAGAGAGUCUGGAUACAAACGGAGCUUGUUCCAAGACGUGACUGUGUAAUAGUGCUGGCGCACUCGCCACACGCAACGUCGCCUUCCUUUGAGGCGUCUACUUAAGACUUUCACGGAAUCUAAUACGGACUCGGUGUCUUCAUAAUCCCUCAUCAUCUCGAACACGCAAAGGAAAACUUUGUGUAGCGUCCAUCCCUUUUUAAACAAGUGUCCCCUCCUGUGCUGUGAUGUUUCCAUGUUCUACCUCAGGUUUAAAUGUGUUUUUUUGUUAUUGUUGUUGUUUUUUUUUGUGUUUUUUGCGUUCCUGACAGCUGUUUGCAUUUGGAGCUCUAGCUUCUAUCUCCCAGUCUUUUUGUUACUGGUCUGUGAAUAUAGUGCUCUCUGAGCUCUGCAAGCCCCUUAUCCACACUCUGCUGAGCGGACACUUUUGCAGACUGGCUUCAAUAAGCUCGGGCCAGCAGCAGCCCGGAGUGUGCAAUAAAACCGACAGUUUGCUCUAA